ACGGAUGCUGGCAGGGUUUCUUUGGCCCUGAGUAAAGAGACCCAGAGGGAGCACUGAGCUGCCUGCCAAGCCACCCUGUCUCGGAUUCCUUCAAAAGGACCAGGUGAGAGAAGCCAUGCUGGUCAUUCAGAUGCCUUUCUCCUUUUCCACGGCCCACUUCAUCCUCUUUGUCUUUACGGUUUCCACUAUAUUUCACAUUCAGCAGCGGCUAGCGAAGAUUCAAGCCGUGUGGGAGUUACCGGUGCAGAUACCAGGACUGGCCUCAACAUCAAAGGCACCGCAACCCAGUCAGCUCAGGGGGAUGUGGACGAUCAAUGCUAUAGGCCGCCUGGGGAACCAGAUGGGUGAAUACGCCACGCUGUACGCCCUGGCCAAGAUGAACAGGCGGCCCGCCUUCAUCCCGGCCCAGAUGCACAACACCCUGGCCCCCAUCUUCAAAAUCACCCUUCCGGUGCUGCACAGUGCCACGGCCAGCAGGAUCCCCUGGCAGAACUACCACCUGAACGACUGGAUGGAGGAGAAGUACCGCCACAUCCCAGGGGAGUAUGUCCGCCUCACGGGCUACCCCUGCUCCUGGACCUUCUACCACCACCUCCGCCACGAGAUCCUCCAGGAGUUCACCCUGCACAACCACGUGCGCGAGGAGGCCCAGAAGUUCCUGCGGGGCCUGCAGGUGAACGGGAGCCAGCCGAGUACCUUUGUAGGGGUCCAUGUUCGCCGAGGGGACUAUGUCCAUGUCAUGCCAAAAGUGUGGAAGGGGGUGGUGGCCGACCGAAAAUACCUACAGCAGGCCCUGGACAUGUUCCGAGCUCGCUACAGCUCCCCUAUCUUUGUGGUCACCAGUAAUGGCAUGGCCUGGUGUCGGGAGAACAUUGACACCUCCCAUGGUGAUGUGGUGUUUGCUGGCGAUGGCAUUGAGGGCUCACCUGCCAAAGAUUUUGCACUACUCACACAGUGUAACCACACCAUCAUGACCAUCGGGACGUUCGGGAUCUGGGCCGCCUACCUCGCGGGCGGAGAUACCAUCUACCUGGCCAAUUACACCCUCCCCAACUCCCCUUUCCUCAAAGUCUUUAAACCAGAGGCAGCCUUCCUGCCAGAGUGGACGGGGAUCACCGCAGACCUGUCCCCCUUACUCAAGCACUAAUGCUGGCCAGUCCUUCGAUACCCUUUCUCCUUCUCUGGCUCCCUCAAGGUGAGUGCCAGGGCAUGAGAAGUACAUGGUUCCAUGAGGAGGACCCUUCUCUCUUCUGUGAAGAUGCUUUGGGCUGCAAGUAACAGAAAUCUCAAUGAACAGUGGCCUGGCGUGGUGGCUCACACCUGUAA